UGCCAAGCGCAUUAAGGAACGGUCUACAUCUACACAUUAGCUAAAGUUGGGUAGGGCAAGAUAACGACAAACAGUUUUAGGAAGGGAAGGCGAGUCUUUUAAAACAAGGUUGAUGAUUUUAUCAAUCAUUGUUAUAGUUUAAUAAAGGGUAAAAUAUCCUGUAGUUUAUGGACGACCAGCUGUUUUGAAGAAUAUUUGAACUGCCUCAGGUAACGUUGAAUUCAAAAUGUCCCUGCACGGGAAGAUUGUUGUAAUCAAAAGGAGUGGCGGAGAUGGGACUGAGUUUCCUCUGACUGCAUCGUGCUUAUUUGGAAGGAAACCUGACUGCGACAUUCGCAUUCAACUUCCUCAUGUCUCCAAGGAGCAUUGCAGGAUUGAGUUGAAUGAAAAUAAAGAGGUUAUUUUAACUAAUUUGAGUUCAACGAACCCGACCCGUGUCAAUGGGGAGGUUUUUCAGCAGUCUGAACGUUUGAAACAUGGAGAUCUAAUCACAAUUAUUGACCGUUCUUUCAGGUUUGAAUACCCUCCACCACCCACUCCAAAGAGAAAUCGAUAUUCUACUGCUAGCAAAAGUGACACUCCUCAGGUUUUACAUGAAACCCAAGCGAGGGAUACCAGCGCUAAAGAUGGAAACAACACUUCUGAUGUCAAACCCAAGGAGGAUGGAAGUCUUGAACAGAACAAGCCAAGCUCACCCUUCUGUGAGCUGUACCAAAUGUUCAAACAAGAUCUGGAUUCCAAGACUCCAAAGAAAACACUUGAAACACCUGCUUCGAGGCUUUGCCCACAGAAUCCUAUCUCAACCAGGAAAGUGGAUGGGGCGUCUGUCAUUUCCACACCCAAGAAGGCGGAGACUGAAAAUGUGUCACCGUUCACUGGAGUGACUCCAAAAUCAGCUCAGAAGAAGCGAAAGUCCUUCAAAGGUCGGGUUGUUGAGGGGAAUGUGCCAGUUGAAGAUUACAUCCAAUUGCCUCCAUCUAUUCUUGAAACUCCCAAAGGUAAAAGGCGUUCUUCAAAGUCCAAAACACCCACCACUGUUGAAGAAAAAUCCACCCCUGUUUCUCAGAGGAAAAGUCGCCCGGCAACCCCCGAGAAGUUCACUGCUAGUGAAGUGGUUGAGCAGAUUUCUGAGUGUCCGACUGCAGAAACACUUACGACCCCCACUAGGAGGAAGAGCAAGGAAGCCACUCCUAUCAAAUCUUUGAUAACUGGGGUAGAACCACCUGCUGAUGCUGUUUCAACCCAAGACCAGAUAGUACUAACUGAAAAUUCCACGCCAAGUACUCCUAAGACCAAGCACUCCCGCUCUCCAAGGCCUGCUGGGAAAAAUCUUCAAGCCCAGGAUGUGCUUUGUGAGCUGGAGGUGACCACACCCAUCAAUGGUGGGGAAAAAAUGCCAGGUAAACAGUCGUCUGCUAAGAAACGGAAGAGUGGAGACCUUGAAACUGAAUUUCCAACACCUCUGUGCAAGAGGAAAAGGGUUUCAUUUGGAGGUCAUUUGGAGCCGGAACUAUUCGAUAAACGUCUUCCUCCUGACUCCCCACUAUGCAAAGGAGCCACUCCUGGACGGCGAAGCCUGUGUGCCCCCAAAAUGAAACAUUCACUCCUCAGGAGAGCGUCAGCAAUUGGUCUGAUAAAGGAGAAUGAACAUUCUGCCCCAGAGAGUCUUAGCGUGAAAGGAAGUCCAGGAAAGAAGGCGUCUCCCAAGACUCCCUCGCCCGCCAAGAAGUCACCAAAGGCAUCUGCCAAGACUCCCUCGCCCGCCAAGAAGUUACCGAAGGCAUCUGCCAAGACUCCCUCGCCCGCCAAGAAGUCACCGAAGGCAUCUGCCAAGACUCCCUCGCCCGCCAAGAAGUCACCGAAGGCAUCUGCCAAGACUCCCUCGCCCGCCAAGAAGUCACCGAAGGCAUCUGCCAAGACUCCCUCGCCCGCCAAGAAGUCACCGAAGGAAUCUGCCAAAACUCCCUCGCCCGCCAAGAAGUCACCGAAGGAAUCUGCCAAGACUCCCUCGCCCGCCAAGAAGUCACCGAAGGAAUCUGCCAAGACUCCCUCGCCUGCCAAGAAGUCACCGAAAGCUAAAACUCCAUCUCCAGGGAAAGAGAAGACCCCGAAAACCGUUGUCAAGACUCCAUCUCCUGCUCGAAGAAAAUCUCCUGCUCCAUUACAAGAUGAGUCUCAAACACCCAAGGCUGGGAAAACUCCCAAGCCCCGUGCAAGUUUGCCAUCAGCCAACACGACACCCACCAUGCAAGGCCGAUUCUCAGUGUCCCUCAUCAGCACCCCAUCACCCACCGCAGACCAGGACUCUGUCCUACAGCCGUCUGUCACUGUAACGCCUCGUGUUCCCUUGAGGCGAACGACCAUGUUGUCUACCUCGAAGACAAUACAGAAAAGCGCAAUGAAAAAUGCCAUUCAGGUAAUCCGUAGAAGAAGUGGUGUUUCUCGGGCAUCUAUGAAAGUUGUGAAUUCCUGGGCUGACAUUGUGAAGUUUGGCCAGACCAAGACCCAAGCUGUUAUCCCAACCAAGAAAACUUCCGCCCGAGUGACUAAGACGAAGAAUGUUGUACCAAAACCGAAGACACCUGUGAUGAAACUCAUAGGACAUGUCAGCACUGGUCAUGCAGAUUCACCUGUGACCAUUGUUGUGGGCAAAGCUCACAGACUGAAAGCCAUUCAGCCAAGUGGGGCCGUCCCAAAGCUUGUCCACAACAUUGCACUGCUAAAAAAGAACAUGAGAAUGGAUGAGGAUUUGUCAGGCAUUGCAGACAUUUUCAAGACCCCGGCAAGGCAGAGGAAGUCUGUGGUCAAAGUGCAGAGUGCCCUCAAGACACCCCUGAGAGCCCAGUCUACAUCUAUGAUUGAAUCAUCAGUGAUGAAUACCCCAGAGGAGACUGGUGAAAUGGUGGUGUCUCCACUUGUUGUUUCUACUGCUAAACGGGGCGCGUACAACAGCGAUGCAGUCACUAGACUCCUUCGGGAUGGUCAAGAAUCCAGUUUCAUCACGGAGGAAGCUGAUGACUCCCGUACUACACAAAAUGAGAUUCUUGCCUUAGAGAUGUCUUCAGAAGAAUUGAAGGAAGUACAGCAGCCAGAUUCAAAAAAAUCGAUUUCGACUCCCAAACAGAAGAAACCUGAACAACCCGAGUGUCUCACUGGAGUGAAGAGGAUUAUGAAGACCCCAAGACAGAAGGUGCAACCCAUCGAAGACCUCAGAGGAAAACUGAUGACAACUCCAAGAGGGCCUAAGGCUUCUCAGGAAGUAAGCUUAGCUGGUGUAAAGGAACUCCUGACGACCCCCAAACAAAUCGCUGAACGUGUUGAAGAGAUUUCUGGUAAAGUCCAAGAUGACAACGUCCACAGCGAGACAAAAGAGAUUCACGGUGACGCUAUUUCUCCUAAAUGCCUCUCAGGUAACGUUGAAUUCAAAAUGCCCCUGUACGGGAAAAUAGUUGUAAUCAAAAGGAGUGGCGGAGAUGGGACUGCGCUUCCUCUGACUGCAUCGUGCUUAUUUGGAAGGAAACCUGACUGCGACAUUUGCGUUAAACUUCCUGAAGUAUCCAAGGAGCAUUGCAGGAUUGAGUUGAAUGAAAAUAACGAGGUUAUUUUAACUAAUUUGAGUUCAACGAACCCGACCCGUGUCAAUGGGGAGGUUUUGCCGCAGUCUGAACGUUUGAAACAUGGGGAUCUAAUCACAAUUAUUGACCGUUCUUUCAGGUUUGAAUACCCUCAAGCACCCACUCCAAAGAAAAAUAGAUGUUCUAAACAGAACACUCCAAGAGGGCCUAAGGCUCUUGAGAAAGUAAGCUUAGAUGGUGUGAAGACCCCCAAACACAUUGCGCAACCUGUUGAAGAGAUUUCUGAUGCCAUGACAACAGAGGCGGUGGAAGAGCUUGCUGCUGCUCUUGCUGAAGCAAUGGAGGAAGAACAACCUGCUCCUCUUGCUGAGGCAGUGCAGGAGGUAGAGCCAGUUUCUGCGCCUGCUGAGGCAGUGGAGGAAGAACAACCUGCUCCUCUUGCUGCGGCAGUGCAGGAGGUAGAAGAGCCAGUUUCUGCUCCUGCUGAGGCAGUGGAGGAAGAACAACCUGCUCCUCUUGCUGAGGCAGUGCAGGGGGUAGAGCCAGUUUCUGCGCCUGCUGAGGCAGUGGAGGAAGAACAACCUGCUCCUCUUGCUGAGGCAGUGCAGGAGGUAGAAGAGCCUGUUUCUGGUCCUGCUGAGGCAGUGGAGGAAGAACAACCUGCUCCUCUUGCUGAGGCAGUGCAGGAGGUAGAAGAGCCAGUUUCUGGUCCUGUUGAGGCAGUGGAGGAAGAACAACCUGCUCCUCGUACUGAGCCCAUUUCUGCACCUGCUGAGGUAGAAGAGCCAGUUGCUACACCUGCUGAGGCAGUAGCGGUAGCACAUCUUGACAGUGAAGAGCCUUCUGUUCCAGUAAAAGGUAGAGGAAAGAAAACUGAGGGGAUUGUGCCACCACCUGCUAGAGGGAGAUCGGCAAGGCGUAAUGAAACCAGUAGCGUUGAGGCACCAGCAGAAACUAUGGACUCUGUGGAUGUCCAGAAGAAAAUGGCAGCUGACCCAGUUCCUGCUGAAAAUCCCAAGAGAGGAAGAAAGGCCAAACAGGCUUCUGUAGAGAGAGUUGAAUCAGUGCAGGAGAACGCUGUUGAAAGUGAGAGUGCUGAAAUUUCUCCAAUUGAGGACCAGCAGCCAACUUCUGAUGUCCCCGUGGAGAAACCCAGAAGAGGAAGAAAGGCCGAACCGGCUUCUGUAGAUCAAGUUGAAACAGUGUUGAAGAACACUGUUGAAGCCGUGAGUGUUCCUGUCACUGAGAAGAUUGAGGCCCAGACUCCAGUCGUUAGAUCUAAGAGAGGAAGAAAGCCUAAACAGGAUUCAGUAGAAGAAGUUGAAGCGAAGGUUCUUGAAAUUCCUCCAAUUGAGAUUGUGGAAGCCAAGGAGAUGCCUGCUAUUGUUCCUGUUGAGAACCUGCGGGCAAGAGGAAGACGGGCUAAACAGGAGUCUGAAGAAGCCAAAAAAAUUGAAGAAAAUGUUGCGGCGGUUGAUACUCCUACAGAAGAGGUGGAGGCCUCAGUCCUGUUUGCAAAACCCAAAAGAGGAAGAAAGACUAAGCAGGAGCCUGUAGAGCAAGUGGAGUCUGUGAGUGUUGAAACUCCCAUCAAACAAGUUGAGGCCCAGGAGCAGACCACUGUGGCUCCAGUUGAGAAACCCAAAAGAGGGGGAAGAAAGACUAAGCAGGCUUCUGUAGAGAAAGUUGAGGAUCACCCCGUUGAGUCUCUGACUGUUGAACUCCAGGAGCAGACUACUGUGGCGCCAGUUGAGAAACCCAAAAGAGGGGGAAGGAAGACUAAGCAGGCUUCUGUAGAGCAAGUUGAGUCUCUGACUGUUGAACUCCAGGAGCAGACUACCGUGGCGCCAGUUGAGGAACCCAAAAGAGGGGGAAGGAAGACUAAGCAGGCUUCUGUAGAGCAAGUUGAGUCUCUGACUGUUGAACUCCAGGAGCAGACUACCGUGGCGCCAGUUGAGGAACCCAAAAGAGGGGGAAGGAAGACUAAGCAGGCUUCUGUAGAGCAAGUUGAGGAUCACCCCGUUGAGUCUCUGACUGUUGAACUCCAGGAGCAGACUACUGUGGCGCCAGUUGAGAAACCCAAAAGAGGGGGAAGGAAGACUAAGCAGGCUUCUGUUGAGUCUCUGACUGUUGAACUCCAGGAGCAGACUACCGUGGCACCAGUUGAGAAACCCAAAAGAGGGGGAAGAAAGACUAAGCAAGCUUCUUUAGAGCAAGUUGAGUCUGAGGAUCACCCUGUUGCGUCUCUGACUGUUGAAGUUGAAGCCCAGGAGCAGACUGUGGCUCCAGUUGAGAAACCCAAAAGAGGGGGAAGAAAGACUAAGCAGGCUUCUGUAGAGCAAGUUGAGGAUCACCCCGUUGAGUCUCUGACUGUUGAACUCCAGGAGCAGGCUACCUUGGCUUCGGUUGAGGAACCUAAAAGAGUGGGAAGAAGGACUAAACAGGAACCUGAGUGUGUCGUCCCUCCAGUAUCCACAGAGACUCAGGAGGAAACAUCUGCUCCCCCUACAGAGAAACCUAAAAGAGGAGGAAGAAGAGCAAAGCAGCAGAAGGUUCCUGAAGUGGUGGAAGUUGAGAACAUGGUAGUGCAGGAGGUCCACCUUCCUGCACAAACUGAGGUUGAUGCUAAACCAGAGUGUGAAGAGGCUGAUGCUGAAGAACUGCUGGAAGCUCCGGUUGUCAAACCAGGAUGGAGAAGGAAGGCAAAAGCCGUUGUGAAGGAUGAAGUGCCUGCCAAGCGAGCACGCAGAGGAGCAGCUGAUUCCACAAAGGUGCCCACUGUUGCAGAAGCAACUGUGGAAGUUCCAACCGAGCCUGUCAAGCGAGGUAGAAGGGCAGCUAAAUCCAAAGUCUCUGCAGAUGAAACCACCAUUGCAGCCGAGAGCACUCCAUUGGAGGCUGAGGUAACAGACAUGGAGGUAAUCACUGCUGUGGUUAAAAAGGGAAGAGGAAAAGCCCCUAAAAAGGGAAAUGCUGUUUCUGAAACGACCUCUGACCAGGCAAAUUCUAUUGAAGGCAUGGAAACCAUUGACGAAGCCUCAAAAUCUGUGAAUUGGAAACCUGAUUUGGAAGUUACACACAAGGUCACCCCUCUUCCUAAACAGAAGACAUCCAGACGGAAUGAUAGUGUUCCUGUUACUAAGGUUGAAGAACAGCAGGUUGUGAAGACCGUGCGAGGAAGAAGAGCAAGAUCUUAUGUCGAGGUCAAAGAGGAGACCGUCCAAUCAACACCCUCAAAAAGGGCACGCCAUAGCACCAUAAAGACCUCUGCUGCUGAAGCCACGAUCCCCAUUUCAAAGCCAGUAAACGAAAGAAAUGCAGCAAGAAAUAUGAAAACUGAGGAGGCAAAUCUCUCUGAUAAAGCUGUUCCAAAGGAGCCUGUCAAGAAAACAAGACGAGCAGCAAAGUCUACUGCAGCAGCUCCCGUUGAGGCCACUAGCAUUACUCCUGCUGUCCCGGAGGAAGUGCCAGAGACCAUCCCCAAAGCCACAGUUGUGGCUGCUACUAAAGGAAGAGGUAAAGCGGCAAAGGGAAAAGCUGUAUCUCAGGAAAUUGACAUUGAGCAAGGUACUGAGUCAGAGCAGCCGUGUAAGCCCCGCAGAGGGAGAGCAGCAAGAAAAUAGAGCUUAGGCAUUCAUAGAUUUUUGUUUGUUUUAAUGCUUUGAUAUAGAAAUGCUAAUGUUACAGAUGUAUAAUUGAUGCUCUUAGCGGUGCUUUACAAUAUUAUUCAGAUUUUUGGUCUUAAUUGUGGUUAGUUUUGCUACAUUCUCUGAAUAUUUUUUUUUACAAUCCUUUUAAAAUGUAUGGUGUUCUAUUUAGACUGAAAAUAGUUUGGGGGAAAUUUUUCAUAUUAAAAAUCAAAAAAUUAA